AUGCUCUGCCUAGAGCCACCAUAUCUACAUUUUCCAUUCAGCACAGCGUCAAAUGCCACAACAUUCACCAAGAGUAAACUAGCCCAUGCCAGAGAGCAGAAAAUAAAUAUAGAUUUAGCACACUCGGAGGAACAACACCAUCUAGAGCCAUCAUUAGUGGACAGACCACCCACUUCCAUUAAAAUCAUACGCGUCAGAAACACUGGUGGACAGCGUACUCGAAUCAAGUUUAUUCCACCUGCAGCAGAUUCAUGUUUUCGGUUGAUUACAAACAAAAAAGGAUACAUAUAUCCUGGUGAAUGUGAAACUGUUCAAGUAGAGUUUCGUUGCAUAUCUUGGGCUCCUGUUCAAGAUACAUUUUCUGUCCUGUCAAGCGAAAUGGACAAACUGACUGUAAAACUCAUAGCUUUUCCCGCAUUACAGGAUAUUCAAAUCCCUCAUCAAUUUGAAUUUGGAAUGCUUUCUAUCAAUCAGACAAAAGAAAAAUUCAUCAACAUACCAAACAAAACCAAUGUAGAUUUUAACUAUCUUGUUGAAAUAGUUGAAGAGCUACCAUCCAACUGUUUUAGUAUUUCGCCAAUGGAAGGAGUUUUGAAAGCAAAUUCAGAUACGUUGGUAACCAUCAUGUUUAAACCCUUCAAACUAUGCAGAGCACAUUGCGUGUUUACUAUCCGAACGAACCAGUUUGCAUUUAUACCAUUACAAUGCAAAGCAAUGGGCGACGCACAGUUGCUUUCCCAUAGUUUGAUUGCUUUGAAUGAUCAAGCCGUUUCAUUACAUUAUACCUUUGAUGAGGAGUUACAUGCACGAGAAGAACUUCAAAGACGAAAGCACCUGUCCAUGUUUGUGUGCAUUGGAGAAGAUGUUGAUUGUGAAACGUUUGCAAAUGUCGAGCAUAAUCAGAAACUACAAAGUGUUAGUACAAAGCAUAGUUCUGAUACAUUGUCUACACCAGAUAUUAUACGCAGCUAUAUCACAUCAUCUCAAGACACCAUAUUGAGUAAUAUGCGUAUACAGACAUCAGAUGUAAAGCAUUCGUACGAUUCACUUGUCAUUUCACCCAGUGAGCAGCCCAAUGCACGAUUGGGCUGGUUGUUUAUAAAAGCAGGAUGGAAAAUAAUUUAUCAGACUAGAGCGUCUAAGCGUAUUAGGCUACUCAAAGCAUCUCAAGGAAAUGAACCAGAAUGGUAUUCACAAUCCAAAAAGAACCCAUCAUAUUUGGAUGCUCGCCUGGAGAGAGUCGUGGCAUCUAUACCAAGCAAGCCAACUGACUUUCGAUAUACACCAUUAAAAACAUACGACACGCCCAUUAUGGAUAUUAUUCCAUUUGCUCGCUCAGUUGUUGUUCCAAAUGUUAAAUCCAAGUAUGCUGAGCGUAUGGGAUAUAAGCGAGAUAUUACUCUAGAAGAAACAUCCGUGGUACAAGUCACACUUCCACUAAUUCAAUUUGAAAAAACAGGCAAGACAGUUUAA